GUCUGUCUUCAACAGGGUCCCCACGUUGCUUCCGGUGCCCUAAAGUCCAGCAGAGACCUCUUCUCCCUGUUUAAUAUUUCCAGCCCCCUUCUUCCCAUCCGCCAUCUCUUAGAAUCAUGACCACAGCCAUAGGAGACAGACAGUGAUUAUUAACCCUAUUUCGCAGUAGAGGAAACAGGCCCAGGGGCCAGCCCGGGCUCACACGCUGCGUGCAGGGAGGACCGGGAUUCGAACCCUUAAGUAGGCUACACCGCAUGGCGGAGCUAGGCCAUAAGAACUACAUUUCCCAGCAGGCCUCGCGAGGCGGCGCAUGCCCGGUGGGCCAGGGCACUGCGCGGAUAGUUGAGCCGGCGCUCGGGCAAGGAAUCCGCGAGCGGCGGCUGCAGGGAGCGCGGCCGUGCUAUGCCGGGGCUGUCCCGGGGGCGCGGGGUCCUGGGGGCCGCGCGGGGCUGAGGCGGCCGCGAUGUGGGACCCACAGGCGAAGAUGCUAGCCUGAGCCCCGGGGUCCAGCCAUGGAAUUCCUGACGACGCCCCGGUCCCCUUCAGGGCCUCCAGCCAUGGACUUGGAGGAGCCCAGGGACACUCUUGUGCCCGCUGAGGACCUCACCCCUGACAGCCCAUGGGAUCCAGUGCCAGGAGGCCCCAGCAGCCUGAGUCAGAUGGAACUUGAUGGGUCCAGUAUUCAGGACCUGGUGCAACAGUUUGAAGCUAUGCCAGGCGAUCUGAUGGGCCCAUCCCCAGAGGGAUCCCCCUGUCCCCUGCACAUUGCCACCGGCCACGGCCUGGCCCCCCAGGACGUCGCCGACGCCCAUGGGCUCUUGUCUUCCGAGGUUGGCCGGGAUGACCUACUGAGCCUUUUGCACUGUGAGGAAUGCCCACCUUCCCAGCCUGGUCCCAAGGGACCUCCAGAGCCUGCCCCUCGCCUAUUGCAGCCCCCUGAGGACCCAGAUGGGGAUCUCAGCGCCCCGGAAUGGGCGGAGGGAGCCUCUGCCGAGCGGAGGGACAGCAGUAGCUCAAGCAGCUCCCCGGAGCCCUGGCUGGAGACGGUGCCUCUGGUUGCACCUGAAGAGCCCUCUGCCACCGCCGCCGGUGCCCAGAGCCCCAAGACCCUGGCUUCAUACCCUGCCCUCCAGGAGGUCCCUGGUCCCUGUGACCACGAAGACCUCCUAGACGGUGUCCUAUUUGGGGCCAAGUACUUGGGCUCCACGCAGCUGGUGUCGGAGCGCAACCCGCCGCCCAGCGCGCGCAUGGCCCAGGCCCGGGAGGCGAUGGACCGCGUCAAGGCCCCGGACGGGGAGACCCAGCCCAUGACGGACGUGGACCUCUUUGUCUCCACCAAGAGGAUCAAGGUGUUGACUGCGGACUCCCAGGAGGCCAUGAUGGACCACGCGCUGCACACCAUCUCCUACAUCGCAGACAUCGGCCGCGUGCUCGUGCUCAUGGCGCGGCGCCGGCUGGCCCGGAGGCCCGGACCCCAGGACCGUGGCCGCCGCCUCUACAAGAUGCUCUGCCACGUGUUCCACUCGGAAGAUGCCCAGCUCAUCGCCCAGGCCAUCGGCCAGGCCUUCGCCGUGGCCUACAGCCAGUUCCUGCGGGACAGCGGCGUCGACCCCAGCCAGCUGGGCGCCCGCUCCAGCCCGGGGGCCGCGGGCUCCGGCCACCCGCACAACGGGGACCUCGACCACUUCUGCAACAGCGACAACUGCAGGGAGGUGCGCAUCGAGAAGCGCCGCGGUGAGGGCCUGGGCGUGGCCCUGGUGGAGUCAGGCUGGGGGUCUCUGCUGCCCACGGCCGUGGUUGCCAACCUGCUGCACGGCGGCCCCGCCGAGCGCUCGGGUGCCCUCAGCAUCGGGGACCGCGUCACCGCCAUCAACGGGGCCAGCCUGGUGGGGCUGCCCCUGGCCGCCUGCCAGGCCGCCGUCCGCGUGAGUGCUUCCGGGUGGCCGGGCCCUCGAGCCGGGAAGGGGAACCGAGGCCGGGAGAGGAGAGGUCUCUUCCCAGCCAGUCUCUCUGGCCCGGUCCAGAGGGGCAGCGGAGAACGUUAAGUCCUGCCCGCUGCUGUGUCCUCGGGGAAACUGAGGCCUGGAGAGGGGAUGUCACUUACCCAGGGCACCUCUCUGGUGCCAGAGCCAGGCUUGGGAUGCGGGUGCCGGGCUCCGGGGCCAGGAGACUUUCCUCUUUGCCAAAGGGCAGCUGACAUGUUUUUAACCCUUGUUGCCCAGAUGGGGAAACUGAGGCCAGGAGACAGGGAGGGACCUGCCCUGGUCAGAGGGGCGGGGCUGA